AUGUCACAGUCUGAGAUUAUUCAGGCCCUUCUGGCUAAGAGAAGCGCGCCGCAGUGGAGGCAUCGCGGGCAGAAUGCACCAGCUAGGUUGUCGCAAACCGGUAUUAGGAAGGUCCAAGGAAGUGGUGCCGCGGUGUCGCGGACGGCAGAUAAUGGGCCUUCAAACGGACUUAAGGACUUAGCAACGCAGCCAAUGGCUCGCCAGGUCCCAUUCACCUACGCCAAUGGCCAGGCCCCAGGCGAUAUGUGGCUGCCAAGUAGCUCCGAGUCCAGUUCUCUUCAAAGUAGCGAGUCCAACACUUUACAGGCUAGGCUCUCUAGAUUGGAAGACAUGGUGCUAUUUCAGGAUUCUCAGUUGAAAGACCUGCAGCGAAUAGUCGAGGAACUCCUGCAGAGCAAGGAGGAGUAA